UCUGUUCCCAAGAAGAAUCACCGCCUAUCCACAGAGGAGGAGGAAGAAGAUAUGAAGCAAGGACUUCUCCUAUGGAGUCCUUGCCCCCACUCACUGAACCCACUCUUGCCCUCCCUCCGCUUCCCCUUACGCAUUCCUAAGCGCCCCGUCGUCUCCGCCGCCCUCGAGUCAACCGCCGACGCGCAGCAGCCCCCGCCGGCGGAGGCUCAGCUGAGCGCCCGGGAGAGGCGGCAGCUGAGGAACCAGAGGAGGGAGAGCAGGGCGGCCUACAACUGGAGGGAGGAGGUCGAGGAGAGGCUCAUCAAGAAGCCGAAGAAGCGGUACGCCUCGUGGACGGAGGAGCUCAACCUCGACAACCUCGCCCAGCUCGGACCUCAGUGGUGGAUCGUCCGGGUCUCCCGCAUCAGGGGUCAGGAGACCGCUGAACUCAUCGCCCGCUCCCUCGUCAGGAAAUACCCCGAGAUCGAAUUUAAGGUCUAUGCGCCUGCUGUCCAAGAGCGGAGAAGACUGAAGAAUGGAACUUACUCUGUCAAGCCGAAGCCCCUGUUCCCGGGGUGUGUUUUCUUGAGAUGCGUACUGAACAAAGAGUUGCACGACUUCAUAAGAGAGUGUGAUGGAGUCGGAGGUUUUGUGGGGUCUAAAGUUGGAAACACAAAAAGACAAAUCAACAAGCCUAGGCCAGUGUCUUUUGAUGACAUGGAAGCAAUCUUCCGGAAGGCAAAAGAAGAGCAAGAGAAGACUGACCGAGCUUUCGAGGAAGAGCAGAAAGCAGCAGGCAUCCUCAAUCCUGAGAGUUUAGGUUCUGAUGAUUCUAUAGAAUCUGCUUCCGAGACACCGAAGCGAUCCCGAAAAUCUUCAUCAACCAAAAGUGGUGGUAAAGAAAAGGCUAAUCCUCUUGCCCCAGGUUCAACAGUCCAAGUUCUUUCUGGAACUUUUGCUGGAUAUGAAGGCAGCUUAAAAAAGUUGAACCGCAGAUCUAAGAAGGCAACGGUCGGUUUCACCUUGUUUGGGAAAGAAACCUUGGUUGAACUUGAUGUUGCUGAAAUUGUAGCCGAGGCCAAGUAAAUGUACAGCUCUUUUGAAUGAUCCUCCUCAACAGGUUUCAGAAUACUGACCAGAACAGCAGCAGGAUUUGGCUGUACCUAUUUUCCCUGACGGUACGACUAUUCUUCAAAUCAUGGAAGCGGGCUCCCGGCAAGAAAUUAUGAUUGACCUCCUGGCAAGAGCCUCAGCUGCCCUUUCGCUGGGGUAAGUCCCUUCAUCCAUUUUCGAGAGUAUUUAUAUGUAUCAAUCAGAACGUUCUGCAUCAGUCCUUCAUUCUAGUUCUAUUGAUAGGGUCCCCUUGAGUUUGACGAUGAUCUUUUAUCUAAGAGUGCUUGUGCUGUUAAUAGUUGAUGCGGACAGUUAUUCUCAACAGCUAGGCGAUUCAUGUUGCACUUUUUA